AUGAGAGGGGCAGAUGCGGGGAAAAGGCAGCCCGCUUUGCCGCCAGCCCCCGCCACGCCGCCGCCCUUGACCGUGAGCUUCGCGCCGGCAGCCGCCGCGGCGCCCACCCUGGGAGCAGACCGGUCCAGGGGACUUUCUCCGGCCGGGGUGCGAGCCACUUUCUCCAGCCGCCGCGUACGCCCGCCUAUAAGGCCUGGGAGGCGGAGAAAGCAGAGGCGCCAAGUGCGGUGGGCGUCGUGGGCGCUGCGGGAGCAGCCAGCGGCCGUUGUUCUCGUGGCACUACUGCUGCAGGUAGCGCUGACGAGGGCGCGAGCCAUCGGCGGAUCAGCCAAUACGUCCUCUGUUGCUAUCCAGAGGAGAGGCGACUACGAUGGUGGAGGGUCUUUCGGGGGCAGCGGUUUUGGAGGAGGCGGAGGAGGCUACGGAGGUGGAGCCGUCGGCGAUGUUGGAGGAUACGGGGGCGGUGACGUAGGAGGAGGCCAAGCAGGCUACGGUGGCGGUGGAGGCUUCGGAGGUAGUGCAGGAGGAGCAGACCUCGGUGGUGGACAUGGAGACUUCGGCGGUGGUGGCGGCUACGGAAGCGGAGGAGCUGGCUAUGGAGGCGGCCUUGGUGACUUCGGCGGCGGUGGAGGUGGAGGAGGCGGCUAUGGAGGCGGUCACGGAGAUUUAGGUGGUGGUGGAGGAGGUGGUUAUGGAGGUGGCCAUGGAGACUUCGGUGGUGGAGGCGGUGGGCUCGGUGGAGGCGGUGGUGGCGGAGCAGGCUUUGGAGGAGACCAUGGAGGCUACGGCGGUAGCGGUGGAUUCGGAGGUGGUGACCUUGGUGGAGGUGGAGGAUAUGGCGGUGGAGAUGUAGGAGGUGGUGGCGAUCACCACGGACCAUCUGCUGGGGGCGGCAUCGGUGGAGGUGCGGCGAUAGGAGGAGGGUAUUCGGCAGGAGGUGCGGAACAUGUUCAUGAGAAGCCUACACCUCAUGGUUACUGGAAGAAGAAGCUUAUCUGGAAACCAGACUGGCAGAAAGUGUGGAAGACGGGUAAGAAACAAAUAUGGAAACCUGCGUGGAAGAAGUACUGGAAACCUGUGUGGAAAGAAAUUCAAGUGCCUGCCUGGAAGGAGAUCAAGGUCCCAGACUGGAAGAAGGUAUGGAAACCAGUCUGGGUCCCCACACAGGUGCCAGCAUGGAAAGAGAUCAAAGUUCCAGCCUGGAAGAAAGUAUGGAAACCGAUCUGGGUACCAACACAGGUGCCAGGAUGGAAAGAUAUUCAAGUUCCUGACUGGAAGAAAGUUUGGAAACCAGUGUGGAAACCGAUACAAAUACCUGCCUGGAAACACAUAAAAGUAGAGGCCUGGAAGAAAGUAUGGAUCCCUAAGUUGAUUAAGGUGUAUGUUCCAGGAGAGAAAUCUCAUGGAACAGAUGAACAUGGCUGGGAAUAUACAUCCCAUGGACUAUGGAAGAAGAAGCUCAUAUGGAAGCCAAUCUGGGUGAAAUACUGGAAACCGGGGAAAAAGCAAGUCUGGCUUCCUUCCAAAAAGCUGGUCUGGAAAGAGGAAUGGAAGCAAAUUUGGAGAACAGAGAAGAAACAGAUCUGGGUGCCGUCAAAGAAGUUGGUCUGGAAGCCCGAAUGGAUAAAGAUAUGGAAACCGGGUAAGAAACAGAUAUGGGUACCAUCAAAGAAACUCGUCUGGAAGGAGGAAUGGAAACAAAUAUGGCGGCCAGACAAGAAGCAGAUCUGGGUCCCAUCGAAGAAGCUCGAAUGGAAGGAGGCGUGGAAGAAGAUCUGGGUCCCAGCGUGGAAGAAAAUCUGGGUGCCUGCGUGGAAGAAAGUAUGGAAGCCUGUAUGGAUCCAUGAGUGGAUUGUACUGCCAGAGCCUCAUCCGCCUCAUCAUGAGGACUGGGAUAGAAAGGACAAGGCAGUGACGGGCUCGCAACAGCAGCAGCCACAGCAAGUGAAACAGCAGGCUCCUCAGCCGACGCAGCGAAAACAAGAAAGCAGAUCCGGGGGCUUCCAAUUCCCUAGGGCGUGACAAUCGAUCUAACCAAUCCACCAGGGAAACAACAGCUGUCAAGUUUAAAAUAUUACUAAUUCUCUGUACCCCAUACGAGGGAAGAAGAGUUGCAACUAGUGUAAAAAAUGAUCACCAUCUUGUCAUUAUCGCUGACAGUCGUCUGCCAUUGGCCAAGAACCAUUUCUCCCUAGUCUGAGCCGAAUGCGAAGAUGAUGUAUAGCCGACGGAUCGUGUUAAGCCCUUGUAAUCUGGGAACAGAUCUGAGGGUGAAAACAUUUCAGUACAAUUUUUGUGGUCUGCCAUAGGAGAGACGCUGGAUCAGAAAAGGAAGCACAGUGAAGAGAGGCCGUCGUCGUACCAUUCAGCUAUAUAGCCUUUUAUGUUUUAAUGUACUAAUGUACUGAACUUUUGUACAGAAAUAUCCC